UUAAAAGUCCCCCGCAAAAGCUUCUAAUCAUUCCGUUGAAGAGAACAAAACGAAAAACUCUAGAAAAUGGCAAGAACCAAGCAGACGGCUCGUAAAUCCACCGGAGGCAAAGCCCCGAGGAAGCAGCUCGCCACCAAAGCCGCCCGUAAGAGCGCUCCAGCCACCGGCGGCGUCAAGAAGCCUCACCGCUACAGGCCCGGUACCGUGGCUCUGCGAGAGAUCCGUCGCUACCAGAAGUCCACCGAGCUGCUGAUCCGCAAGCUGCCCUUCCAGCGUCUGGUGCGAGAGAUCGCUCAGGACUUCAAGACGGACCUGCGCUUCCAGAGCUCCGCCGUCAUGGCCCUGCAGGAGUCCAGCGAGUCUUAUCUGGUCGGUCUGUUCGAGGACACCAACCUGUGCGCCAUCCACGCCAAGAGAGUCACCAUCAUGCCCAAAGACAUCCAGCUGGCCCGCCGCAUCCGUGGAGAGCGCGCCUAAACGCACCGCUCCUCCUAAACACAAAGGCUCUUUUAAGAGCCACUUCCGUGUUCACUUAAAGAGUUUCAAAUUGGUCUACGAUAUAUUGUCAGAAAUCGGUGUAAAGGUUUAACACCACGUAAAGGCAGUGGUUCCCAAUCCUGGUGUCAUUCUGAUUCAGAAACUGCUCUGAAUGAUCAACUGCGGCCGGACAGAGCCUAGAGAAGAUUUCAUUGAUGGUGUCCACAUUUGCUGCAAAUGAAAGUCGUUGGUUUAGAAAUCUACAGCUAAUCCCUAAAUCACUCAAUUCUGUUCUGUCAACAUGUUUGCUGUUUAAUUAUGAAAUUACACCUCGACUCGACUGAUUAAAUGAUUAAGAGCAGCUGUACCAGUAUGCAAUCUUCAGGUGCACAGAAUCUAUUGUGUUGCUUUAUUUGUUUCAAGGAAUGAUAGUAGUAAGAAGUCAUAAAAAGCGUGAUAUGUUUAUAAUUCAUCUUUCUCUAAACCACUGACCGAGCAACCCUGGCCCCUUUUAUAAAUAUAACUUUCAUACCAUUCUUUCAGAUGUUUCAAAUUAAGUAUUACACUGCAGAUGAAAUAAAAUGUCAAAGGCAUGUACAGCACUCAAUACUUAGUUGCAGCUCCUUUUACCUUCCUGGUAUACAGCUUUGUUGACCUUUUGACCUCAGAAAACACAGUGGACCAACACCAGCAGAUGACAUGGCACCCCAAACCAUCACUGACUGUGGAAACUUUACACUGGACCUCAAGCAACGUGGAUUGUGUGCCUCUCCUCUCUUCCUCCAGACUCUGUAA